GUUUAUGGAAAUGAGUAAAACCAGCGACAUCUAAAUUGUUGCAAGGCAUUAAUAAUGGCAACACAGCAGUUGAACAAUUAAUUGGUCGAAAACAUUCAACAUUCAAUUGAGCACAAUCAGCGAUGGAUUUCACGACCUUCGUGAAGCCUUCAAACGGCGGCGUCACCACCGAGCCACACAGCGAUACAACGAAAUUACAGUUUUGGAAGCAUGUCGAAUAUAUUGAGAAUCAUGGCAAACAGGAGGAUGACUACGAGUAUUGCAUGACCGAAUUCCUGCGCAUGUCGGGCAUCUUCUGGGGCGUGACGGCACUCGAUAUUAUGGGGCAACUGGAGCGUUUAGAUCGUAACUCGAUCAUUGAGUUUGUGAAGCGUUGCCAGUGCCCGAUAAGCGGUGGAUUUGCCCCAUGCGAGGGGCAUGAUCCGCAUCUGCUGUACACGUUGUCAGCGGUGCAAGUGCUGUGCACAUAUGAGGCUCUGGACACCAUCGAUUGCGAUGCGGUAGUACGUUUUGUGGUUGGCCUGCAGCAGCCGGACGGCAGUUUCUUUGGCGACAAGUGGGGUGAGGUAGACACCAGAUUUAGCUUUUGUGCGGUUGCAACAUUGACGCUCCUUAAGCGCAUGGAGCAGAGCAUUGAUGUGGAGAAGGCGGUCAAGUUUGUCAUGUCGUGCUGCAAUCAAACGGAUGGCGGAUUUGGCUCCAAGCCAGGCGCUGAGUCACAUGCGGGACUUAUUUAUUGCUGCGUGGGCUUCUUGUCGCUGACACAGCGUCUGCAUUUGCUGGACGUGGAUAAACUGGGCUGGUGGCUUUGUGAGAGGCAGCUGCCAUCGGGAGGACUCAAUGGGCGGCCAGAGAAGCUGCCCGAUGUUUGCUACUCGUGGUGGGUGCUGUCCUCGCUGACCAUUAUGGGCCGUCUGCAUUGGAUUAGCUCCGAGAAGCUGCAGCAGUUUAUUCUCUCCUGCCAGGAUACGGAGACUGGCGGCUUCUCCGAUCGUACGGGCAACAUGCCCGACAUAUUCCACACACUCUUCGGCAUUGGUGGACUCUCGCUGCUGGGACAUUCCGGCCUAAAGGCCAUCAAUCCCACGCUCUGCAUGCCGCAGUAUAUUAUUGAUAGGCUGGAGAUUAAGCCGCAGGUUCUGUCGCAAUAAAAAUGCAUUCGCGAUAUUAAGACAAAGAAAGCUAAAGCCAAUGAUUCGCUUUAUGAUUAAUUUGUAUCUCCACUAGAAAACGCCUCCUCAGAAACUGUAUCCAAGUUAUUACCUUUUUGUAUCUACUCACAAUAUGCCUGUUUGUUAUGCAUUUUUUAGUUAGCUUUAUUUUUAAAUAGACAAACACACACACCCACACACAUAUAUAUAUAGAGAUAUAUAUGGCUAAAUAUGUUGUAUAUGAUUUAAAGCCCAUUCUAAUAUUUGAUAAGCAAGCCGUGUACAAUUUGUAAUUUGUAUUUGUAAUAUUGAGCAGAAGUAAAUAAAGACACUAUUUAAUUAUUGCAUGCCCAUA